GGAGAGUGCUCCGCCGGGAGCGGGGAGCGAGUAGGGUGGCGUCUCCAGGGAUUUAACCUCCUACCCUCAGUUCCAUGACGCCACCCCCUCCCUCCAAAGACUGGGACAGCGCCUCCAUUUUUGUUUUGGGGAGGAAGGGCAGGGGCUUGCGGAUAGAAGGGGGUCAAAGGAACGGUGAUUAUCACCUGUGAGGGGAAAGGGGGUGCUGUCCUCCCUCCUUCCCUUUUCCUCAGCCUGCACCCCCUGCAACCCCCCACCUUUCGGGGUCUCCCCCCCCCUUGUUGCUAAGGCCCGGACCGUCAUCCCAGCAACAGCCUCAGUCAUGUGACCGGCAAUGGCGGCGCUGACGAGAGGACUUGGACCUAGGACACCUAGGUCCUGGGUCCCCCGUGAUGGGGAGAGAAGUGUUGCAUCGCGGAUAGACUGUAUGGGCUGAGACUCUAGGGUUCCAUUUUCACUUAUGAAUCUCGAGGUGCAUCUGGCCUUGGGGGACGAUGAUGGAGGCAUGAAGGGACAGCUGCUCCUUUUUGGAUCAGUCAAUAAAUGGAGGUCACACUAAUGGCCCUUCUUUCUGUUUGAGCUGCAUUUGGAAGUGUUGUGGAGACAGCCCCGUAGCCCAAUGCGACCAGACUCAGGGAAAACAUCAGGCCCCUCCAGCUGAGCCCUUGGGUGAGCCCCGCCCCUCCCUAAAUGCCAGACUUGGGAGCUGACAGACAGCACUGCCUGUGCUGGGUUUAAAAGUCCUGGUCAGCUGAGUGGAAAUAGAAGGAUUUCUGCUGCCAUCAUCUUCCAUGGGCUUUCCAGGUCACACGACCUACAAGUAGGGAGCAGGGAAAGAAGAGUGAGCCUGCAUGCCAAUUCUAAGCUCUUCAGGAUCAAAUGUCGUUCGUCCUGUCCAGAAUGGCAGCCUGUGGAGGCACCUGCAAGAACAAAGUGACUGUGUCCAAGCCUGUGUGGGACUUCCUGAGCAAAGAGACCCCAGCCCGGCUGGCCCGGCUUCGGGAGGAGCACCGUGUGUCCAUCCUCAUAGAUGGCGAGACUUCUGACAUCUAUGUUCUCCAGCUUUCCCCACAGGGUCCUCCCCCGGCCCCUCCAAAUGGGCUCUACCUAGCCCGGAAGGCUCUCAAGGGGCUGCUAAAAGAGGCAGAGAAAGAGCUGAAGAAAGCUCAGAGGCAGGGGGAGCUGAUGGGCUGCCUGGCUCUGGGGGGUGGAGGGGAGCACCCUGAGAUGCACCGCGCAGGCCCACCCCCUCUCCGAGCAGCCCCACUUCUGCCCCCAGGAGCUCGGGGGCUCCCCCCUCCUCCUCCCCCCCUGCCCCCACCUCUUCCUCCUCGCCUUCGGGAGGAGGCAGAAGAGCAGGAGAGCACCUGCCCCAUCUGUCUGGGGGAGAUCCAGAAUGCCAAGACAUUGGAGAAGUGCCGGCAUUCAUUCUGCGAGGGCUGCAUCACCCGGGCUCUGCAGGUGAAAAAGGCCUGCCCCAUGUGCGGCCGCUUCUAUGGGCAGCUGGUGGGCAACCAGCCCCAGAAUGGGCGGAUGCUGGUCUCUAAGGACGCCACCCUCCUACUGCCCAGCUAUGAGAAGUACGGCACCAUUGUCAUCCAGUACGUCUUCCCGCCCGGUGUCCAGGGGGCUGAACACCCAAACCCAGGAGUUCGGUAUCCUGGCACCACACGGGUGGCCUACCUCCCGGACUGCCCUGAGGGCAACAAGGUGCUGACCCUGUUCCGCAAGGCGUUUGACCAGCGUCUCACCUUCACUAUCGGCACGUCCAUGACCACAGGGAGACCGAAUGUCAUCACCUGGAACGACAUCCACCACAAGACCAGCUGCACAGGGGGACCCCAGCUGUUUGGGUACCCAGACCCCACCUACCUGACCCGGGUGCAAGAGGAGCUGAGAGCGAAGGGUAUCACAGAUGACUGAAGGACAUCGCCUUUGCCAAGGCCCCUGCUGUCUGCCUCUACUAGGACCCAGCAGAAGCCUCUUUCUCCUCUCUGCCCCCUGCCCCCCACACCACACCUGUAGGGGACCUGUCUGACUGGGAAGGGAGUUCCGAGAGGGAGGGGGCAAUCCCUUCCCCCAUCCCCCACUGGCCAAGUGUUUCAAUGCAGUGUGAGCCACUCCCUUCUGGCAGAGGCCGACCUCCAAGGCUCUGUUCUCCCCUCCCCGUGUACAUAUACUCCCGGUUUCCCUGCCCCUCCAUUGCCCUUGGCUUUUUCUGGUAUGUGCUGUGCUCCAUGACCAAGCCGAGAAAGGACCUAGGGUGGGGAAGGGAGGGUCUCUUGAUUCCUAACCGCCCCCACAUACUGCUCCACCGCUGAACUUCGGGUGCCAGGGAGGAGAAAUUGGGCUGAUGUGAGCUCCCCGUCACCCCCCAUGGAGCCGGCUGUGUGUGUUCAUCAGAUACAGUUCUCCCUUAACCUUGUCCUUUCUCUCCUGUGUCUCAGUCUCCGUCAGUCUGUCUUUCUCCGCUCUUCUCUGACCCCUGUGAGGAACCUCCUUACCCUGUUCUGGAAUCGCUGCCAGACUGUAGCUUUUAAUUUAAUAAAAAUAAAGUAAAAUAUGCAACUCUU